AGCUCUGAUGAAGCUGGUAUUUUAUUUGCUUGUGGUCGCUGCCUCCAUCCGUCUAGGCGGAUGUGAAGGAAUAAUGGGACUACAAGUCACCCUCGAGGUCCGAUUUCCACAGCAACAUCGCUUCCAUCUUACCUGGGAGGGUGAACAGGAUUCUUUGUAUAAGGUUUGCGUGACAAUCUGGUCGCAUGGUUGUGUGCACGUGGCAGGGACAGAGUACACAGUCGAGGAGGACCUUCCUUCCGGUAGUGUUUUCACAUUCUUCGUGAUGGCCGCAGAUGAACCUGACGAUUUCUCUUCAUUUGUCACCGUCUUCUACCCACAGGACCUGAUGGUGGAAGUACUUGACCCUACCACGAUGGAAGUAUCUUGGCAUCCCGACUCUACCUUUUACAUUAAGCAGGUCUUGGAUUUUAGUUGUGUUACUAGCAUGAUGUAUACUUUACUUGCUGCACAAAUCAACCUAAAGGGGACCCUUCUUGAAGUUCAAUGUGGGGGUCGAAUAGUAGGGGACGUCAGUGUGGACAACGUUACGAGUGUGCAGGUGCCCGUUAGAGACGUCAUCAUCGAACACAAUUUGAACUGUGGCGUCACUGAUGAGCAGAUGCACAUCCUUCCCCUUCUGUUGCAGCCAGUUAUUACGGGCCUUGACGUGGAGCUUAUUAUAGACUACACUCUGAACAAGAUCAGUUUUCUCGUGAGUUGGCAAGCUUUGGGACCCUCGGCCUUUAAGAUUUGUUCAUCUGGGCCUCCGCUGCAAUGCUGGAUGGUCAGCGGCUAUGAGUACCUCCUGGAUGAGUACUUCCCUUCGGGCAGUAUCUACAACUUUUACGUAAUGUACGCCGGUACCGAAGACUUCUCAAACUAUGUCACCGUAUACUAUCCGUGGCAGUUGGUGGUGAUCCCUCUGACUUCUUCAAAACUGUUGGUAUCAUGGGAUGAACGCGAAAGUCCGUUUAUCAAACAGGUUUCUGACGUUGGUGUGACCUGUGAGACAAGCGUGGAGUUAGACUUCGAAGGCUCUCCCGCUAAUAUCACCCUCUUUCAUAAUUUCGGUGAAAAUACUACAGGCAGCCUUUUUAUCCCACUCAAGCUUGUCGUCAUUAUUCCACCACCCGCUGAAGAUCCCUACCUCAGCCUACCUUGGGAGUGCCCCGAUACUCAUACGUGCGAGCCCGACACCCAGUGUGUGCCCGGAACGUUCAGUCUUCUGCCUGACCUUGAUGCAAAUGAGGAAGAGUUUCCCUAUUCUUGCAGAGGUGGUAACCAGACGGACACCGGGGACGGCCUGACCGCUGGCGAGGGAAAGGUGUUGUCCAUCCUUCACGCUGACAUCGUUUGGCCGGACCUUCAGACCUCAAGCAAUUUCAGCUGCAGGAUGAGUUCCUCGCUUUCCUUGUUGAAAUACAGCCUCGAGGGGAAGAAAGCAUCCGGGAAUCUAGACAUGUUGGCAACGUACAUGAACCUCUGGUCUGGCUACGAUUUCGUGACUGACUGUGUCCCUGACCCAACUAUUUUGCCUGAGAUCCUGGCGACGUGGAGAGAAGUUGAAGUCAGCGAACUUUCUUGCGAAACAGGACAUCUGAUCAAUGAAACAUGUUACGUUUAUAUUGAUGAGGAGCGAAGUUUCCACGAGGCUCGCAGAGAGUGUCUGGCCCUUGGCGGAGACCUGGCGUAUUUUACCCCAGAGAUUGCUGAGUGGCUCAGCGACGAAGAUAUAAAGGAAGUAAUGUGGUGCUUGGGAACUUCGUUGGAGGCUCGCCCUAUCAAGCCUCUUGCUCCAAAAUUCAUGCUGACGCCGUCUCUCAUGUCAGUUAAUGGCGCCACCCCCUGCUACCCUUCCAGUGCCACCUCCAACAAUUCCUGCCUCUCCAAAAUCCCCAGUCUGUGCGCCUUCUCCCCCCAGGCUGACCUUACUACAAAGACAGGAACUCCAUCAGAAGCGCCUCCGUGCGAGGAUCCGAAUCCUUGCUUGAACGGAGGAAUCUGCUACACUACCUUCGCGGGUCUGGGCCUCGCCUCUUCGGAAAACGCCACAGGACACAUGUGCCUCUGCCUCGAUGGCUAUUAUGGCCUCAACUGUGAAUAUACGGGGGCAGAUUACCAUGAGAGCAAAUCGAGUGAACUAGUGGCCCUAGAAGGAAACACACUGAAUAUAGAAUACGUCUGGUACGGCGUCCACAGCAAUUUCACUCACUGCUUCACUCCCGCUGCCCUUACUCUUUUCCAGUUACGUUGCAACGGCAGGAGCUUCUGCAAUGUGUCCGAGAGAGAUCUGCGCCUCCAUCUUCCUUCCUAUUGUCCGCGACAUCUCCGCCGUCAGCUUUUGGUACGGUGGUCCAGCAUGCGAGUUCCCGGGUGUGAGAAGGGCGCUGACAGUGCAGUCCCUCUAGGAUGUUAUUCUCUCACAGAUCAGGCCUACGAUAACGCUCAGGAUGCCAAGCUCGAGUGUAACAGUCAAGGAGGGGAUUUAGCUACACACUCCGAUUCGUCCAUUUUUUGCGACUUGACCGAGGUUUCAUCUAUCUGGGUCCAGUCAAGCAGUACGGCUGAUGAAAUACAUGGUUUCUCAUUCAUCGCUGCUGGGGCUACAAAGCAAACCUGUCCUUCAUCGCAGCCCAGUAUGAGCAACAGUAAAGCCAUGUGUAAUUUCCCUCUCAAAGACACUUCUAAGAUGUCGGCGUCUCUUGUUCUUGGUUUGAAUGAAAAUACGACUGGUGUUGAAGUUUCUUGGGACGAACAGCCAGGAGCAGACACUUAUAUCCUGUGCGCCAUCAUCUGUAUUAGUCUGCCAGGUUCGACAACAGAGUACUUCUGGCAGACGUUAGAUUCAGGAAUCAGACGCACAUUUACGCUAACUCCACUCAGUAACGGCGUUUCCUUACCAAAGUCGAGCGUCUCUAUCUAUCACCCAUGGCAGUUGAACGUGGUGGCUGGAGAGGCUGCAUCUGUCGUAGUGUCAUGGGAGCCUAUGCAUAGUUCCUUCGAGCCAGCGAUGGCCAGUGUCUCCUACUCAGGGGAGGGUUACGUUGUUGUGGAAGGCGUGGAAGGCGAUGUCUUCAACUUCGUUUUUGUUAACUCUAAGGACAGCGAGAUUUUGGAGGUAGAGGCUCACAUCCUACGCCACACUGGGACAGUUUCAGACCACACACGGCAAUGGAUGGUAAUGGAAGGCCCCCUUCAGAAAGUUAUCGGACUUAACUCCCUCCUGCCUGACAUAAAUCCCGCCAGGGCUUUCACUUUUCUUACCACUGUGUUUGAGGAGCAAGUCCCUGAGCUGGAAGGGGAGGACCUGGUGAGCAAAUCAAGCCUGGACAUCACCUACGCUGAAUUCGCGACCUCCGACCACUUCGAUGACCCCGAGUACUGCAGCGUGAGGUCAGCUCGAGCUCUUGUCAGAUAUGCAUGUCAGGGGAAGAAGUCUUGUAGUUUGCCGAAGGACUUGCUCGCUUCGUACACACACACGCCACUCACAUGGGAGAACCUUUGCUCCAACACGAAUGCAUCCUACCGCCUUUUCCUCCAAGCGGGAGAAAUGUCAGGUGACAUCGAGUGCCCAGACCUGGAAGGUCUGAUAGUGAAUCGCCACACAGAGGACAGAACUUGCUACGGGUUGACAACGUCAACUCUAGGCUUUCGAGAGGCAAGGGAGGUCUGUCUCUCAUACGGAGGCGACCUCCUGCAUUAUCAUGACCGCCUCAGGACAUGGUUAAAGCAGGCUUGGAAUGAAGCGUUGGCAGCGGGGGACAAGAAGACUUGGGUAAUCGGCUACUCCAGCAUACCACGACCGCUGAAGCCCAUGGUUCCACCUCAUCUGCUCCAUCCCGCUACCCUAGUUAACGGCAGCGUCGAAAUGUGUCGGGAGAACAACUGCGACCUUCAGCGUCAUCUCGGAAUAUGUGAACUGCCGCCCUACGUGUCGGAUAUACGUCAGACCAACGUCACCUACAACGAACCUUGCACUCGGGACACUUGUCAGAACGGAGGCACCUGUUUCACCACGCUGUCAGGAGAACAAAUGUGCUUCUGCCCCCCUUCACUCUACGGGUAUUCGUGUGAAAACAAAGACUAA